CCCGGCUCUGCGCGGCACCCAGCUAGCUAGCUGGUUGGCCGGCCGGCCGGCCGGCGUGCAUGCAUUGGCGCGCAGCGGCAGCAGCAACAGCAACAUGGCGAGCGCAUCUCACUCCCUGAGCUAUGUUGGGUGCAACUUUUUGCGGCAAAGGCUGGUGCUUUCCACGCUGAGCGGGCGUCCGGUGAAAAUCCGCAAGAUCAGGGCCAAGGAUGACAACCCCGGCCUCAGAGAUUUCGAAGCCAACUUUAUAAGGCUGAUUGACAAAAUCACCAAUGGCUCUAGGAUUGAAAUAAACCAAACAGGUACCACUUUAUACUAUCAGCCUGGCCUGCUCUGCGGGGGUUCACUGGAACACGAUUGUAGCCCCAGCCGCAGCAUUGGGUAUUACCUGGAAAGCCUUCUCUGCCUAGCCCCAUUCAUGAAGCAUUCAUUAAGAAUUGUUCUCCGGGGCAUCACCAACGAUCAAGUGGAUCCUUCGGUGGAUGUUCUUAAGGCAACUGCUAUUCCUUUAUUGAAAAGAUUUGGAAUUGAUGGCGAGGCAUUAGAAUUGAAGAUCACAAGGAGGGGUAUGCCUCCCAAAGGAGGUGGUGAAGUUAUAUUCAGUUGUCCUGUGAAGAGAGCACUGAAGCCUAUUCAGUACAUCGACCCCGGCAAAAUUAAGCGCAUCAGAGGUGUUGCCUAUUCUGUCAGAGUAUCCCCGCAAAUUGCAAACCGACUCGUGGAUUCUGCCAGGAGCAUCCUGAAUAAAUUCCUUCCAGAUAUUUACAUUUACACGGAUCAUAUGAAGGGAUCCAGCUCUGGAAAGUCUCCCGGUUUUGGCUUGGCUCUUGUGGCAGAGACUACAAAUGGUACCUUCCUUAGCGCUGAGCUGUCCUCUAGCCCCCAAGGACAGGGGACGCCUGUCCUCCCAGAAGACCUUGGCACAAACUGUGCAAAGUUGCUGCUUGAAGAGAUUCACCGAGGAGGCUGUGUGGAUUCAACAAACCAAACCCUUCUCCUGCUUCUCAUGACCCUUGGACAGCAGGAUGUUUCCAAAGUCCUGCUGGGACCGCUGUCACCUUACACAAUCGAGUUUCUGCGGCAUUUGAGAGAUUAUUUCCAGGUUAUGUUUAAAAUUGAAACCAAAUUGUUUGAAGAAGAACGCAAAGGUGGUGAUAAAGUUUUAAUGACCUGUGUUGGCAUUGGCUUUUCCAACGUUAGCAAGACAGUAAGAUGAUGAUGUGCCUGCGGAUUUUAAUUAAAAAUGCCAAUAUUUUUUUAAAAAAUCAGUUACCUAGAAAAUAUUCUGUCGAUAAAAUUUUGUGCAAGUUCACUUUGCAGAAAAGAAUGUGUGUGUAUAUCUUAUUUUUGUCUACUAUGUACAGCAGUAGUUGUGUUUUGUCAGAAUAAUUACUUUGAAAGAUUAUGUAAAAGCUUCAUUGUUAAAGUGAAGGGCUAUGAUGUACAAUAUUUGGUUUAAUGAGUAAAUAACUGUAGUAGAACAUACUUCCAAAGGAUUUUGGUUAGCAUUGUGCACUCCAAAUGUAUCUCCUACUCAUCUACUCUGCUUCUACUUUUCUGGGGAAAGCAGGUUGCACUAAAAUUUUGUUCAAAGACUUCUGCAGUCUGAAAAGUGUUUUCCAUAAAUUGUUAUUAGUUAGCUGCAAAACAAAACCUUAAGCAAUUUUUUAAAAUGCUACUCAGCUUUCCGGCUUCCAGUUGCACUUCCCUUGCAAUACUUCUCAUUCGACUCUGCUAUUUUAAGCAGAAGAGCUUUCUCUUUCUUUUAUGGCAAAAUGCACUGUACAGGGUGAUUUGUAAGACUUGUGCACACCCCAGUUUGACAGAUGUGGAUUGAUGGAGAGUAGUGGAUGAAGAACUGCUCUCUAGCUACAUCCUCUUUCUCUUCUUCCCUUUGGCAAGCCUUGAUCUAAGUGGCUAUGUCGUGUCAUUUAUGCUUCUGAAUAGGUACAAAUGGAAGUUACUUGAAAAUGUGCCAUGGCUUGUCAUACAUAAUGACUAGGCUGGUGAUGAAAAGAAUGACUGAAUCUGCUCCCUAGCAGUGUGGAACACUUAUGGUGCCAGAACCCACCACAGAAUUCGUUUCCCCUGAAGUGGGGUGAAGCUCCUGCCUCAGGCACAGGGAGGUGAAUUACAGAGUGCUCACCACCACCAUGGAAAGUAUUGCUGAGUGAGUGCUGCUGGUAGAUGCAUGGGUGCUCCAGAGAGCCCUGCCAGCUGCUCUCCCAGGGUUCUUUGAAGGUUUCCCCCACUCAAAGGCGGAACAACAGGUGCUCCAGAGGACCUCAAGGACUCUGCUCUCCUGUCAUGGCAAAGACAGCCACACACCCUCUGGCUCUCCCCCAAGAUUCUCAUGGAGAGGCAAUCCCUUAAAUGUUUGUCUCUGAGGGAUCCUCAGGGGGUGUUCCUGAAGAUCGCAGCAUGCUGCAGCAUACAAUAAAUGGAAGACAUUGCCAUCUGGACUGCCUAUUAAAAUCCAUUAACGUGGCAAGAUAAUCAUACAAUAAACGCCUUAUCUGAAAGCACCCUUUCUCCCAAAAUUGUAAAAUAUCAGGCUAAGCCUUUUGAGUAUUCAUGACUAUGUUUAUACUUACAAUGCCUCUCCCCACUUACUCAAGCUGCUGGUUCUUCUCAGAUCAGAAACUUGAAAUGGGACUACUCCACAACCAGACACAAGAGCUAAUGGAUUGCUUCAUUCAAGGGUCUUUGCUUUGUUAUAAGACUCCUUCUUUAUAAUAAAAUAUGGUUUCAUUGUU